CCAAGAAUUUCCUUUUUUGGGUUUUAUUAAUCAUUCGCGGACGGGUCACAUUGUUCAAAAUAAACAAACCAAACUGGAUAAAAACAUAAAUAAAAUACAUUUAAUAUCCAGCCAUGAGUUGUAACUACGCGGAGGGCCUUUCUGCGUAUGACAACAAGGGGAUCCUGGGAGCCCCCGAGACAUUCGACUCGGACGAGGAGGUCUCCUCCAAAUGCCGGCAACUGGCCGAAUGGAUAAGACAAUCGGGUCAUGUGGUUCUGCACACGGGAGCGGGAAUCAGUACGUCAGCGGGAAUACCCGACUUCAGGGGACCACGAGGCGUUUGGACCCUGGAGGAGAAGGGCGAAAAACCAGAGUUCAACGUUUCCUUCGACGAGGCGAAGCCGACCAAGACCCACAUGGCUAUUCUCGCCCUGGUGGCAAGUGGCCACGUCCAGUACGUUGUCUCGCAAAACAUCGACGGACUGCACCUGAAGUCGGGUCUGGACAGGCGGAAUCUUUCCGAGUUGCACGGCAACAUCUACAUCGAGCAGUGCAAGAAGUGUCGGCGCCAAUUUGUUAGGUCCUCGGCGGUGGAAACCGUCGGUCAGAAAUCUCUGAAACGGCCCUGCAAGUCUUCCACAGACGCCCAGGGGCGAAGCUGCCGAGCGGGAAUCCUGUACGACAACGUAUUGGACUGGGAACACGAUCUGCCGGAGAAGGACCUCGAAAUGGCUGUGAUGCACUCUACCGUGGCCGAUCUGAACAUCGCCCUGGGCACCACCCUGCAAAUCGUCCCCAGCGGGGAUCUUCCAUUGAAAAACCUCAAGCUUGGCGGAAAACUAGUCAUUUGUAAUCUCCAGCCUACGAAACACAAUAAAAAAGCAAAUCUCAUAGUUUGUGGCUAUGUGGACGUGGUCUUGUCGAAGGUCUGCAAAUUAUUGGGCGUGGAGAUUCCCGAGUAUUCAGAGUCUUCCGAUCCCACCAAACAGCUGAACCCCGCUGAGUGGACUAUCGCUGUGAAAAAUGUGAAUAGCUUCCACAAGGAGUAUAGGGCUAAGGUGAAGGACUCUAAAAUAGAAGCCAAACACGAACCUAAGGCUAAGAAAACUAAAUCCCAGUAUUCUAACUAAAAAAUACAAUCCAUUUUUGGAUGAUUUAGUAACUAUUAUAGUUAAGUUGUGAAAGUAAUCUCAUUUUAAAAUAGAAUUAAAUGUUACUAAUUUUAUAAAAAAACUAAAGCUUGCAACCUUCUUUGAAACAAAAGACUGCAAAACGACUAUUGAAAAAAAUAUAAUAUGAAUGAUACAGAGCUGAUCGAUUUGAAAUAAUUUAUUUUUAAGUUGACUAAAGAUUUGAUUAGAAUUAGAUCUAAAGAUACAAGAUGUAAUACAAUACUGUUUUUUCAAGACA